AGUUACAUUUUCGGUAGGUGUAACAUUUUCGGUAGUGACAGAGGGUAACAGAUUGGGAAACAUGGAAGGGCCUUUUUUAAAACUUAGUUUUUAAAAGCGUAUGAAACAUUUUCUGAGAGGAUGGAAUAUAUACGUAUAUUGUGAGACACCAUAAAGUACCGUGUUGGUUCCUUCUUGAAAAUAAUUACAGAAGACCUCCUAAAAUGUUUAGUUAAAUAGAGGUCCAUUCAAUGUUUAAGACUAAAUUACUUAUUUAUCAAAAUGAGAAUUUCAAACAUCUACCGUUGAAAGCUUCCAAUCAGGCACGCAUUUAGUUACCCAUGAAUUGGGUCUUUUUGCUAUUUGCUUGGGCGCAUGAGCGGUUUUUUUGCGUUUGCUUGUUGGUGGUGUGUUGCUGUGGUGCGGGUGAAGAACUUCGUGGAACAUUUCUGCUGCCUAUAUUCUGUAGCUAAUAAAGAUAUUAAAGCAAUAAUAAAAUGAAAGUAGUCGCGAUGAUAAGUGGUGGCAAAGACAGCUGCUACAACAUGAUGCAGUGUGUAGCUGCAGGACAUGAGAUUGUUGCUCUUGCAAACCUGCAACCCUCUGAAAAUAAAGAUGAAUUAGAUAGUUACAUGUAUCAGACAGUGGGACAUCAGGCUAUAAACUUGUAUGCAGAGGCGUUGGACCUUCCAUUGUACAGGCGUGUUAUUGAGGGAUCGAGUUUGAAUAUUGGAAGAGGAUAUAGACAGAGAGAAGGAGAUGAAGUGGAGGACAUGUAUCAUCUGUUGAAGCAGGUCAAGGAGGACAAAGGAGUUGAAGCUGUUUCUGUGGGGGCCAUUUUGUCAGACUACCAAAGAGUCAGAGUGGAAAAUGUGUGUGCACGUCUUCAUCUGCAGCCUCUGGCUUACUUGUGGCGCAGAGACCAAGAAGAUUUGCUUAGUGAAAUGAUAUCAAGUGGACUAGAUGCCAUUAUUAUUAAAGUUGCAGCAUUUGGAUUGGAUCCAGAAAAGCAUUUAGGAAAAUCUUUGGUUCAAAUGAAGCCAUAUCUUAAACAGCUUUCUGAAAAAUAUGGAGUACAUGUUUGUGGUGAAGGAGGAGAGUAUGAGACCUUUACUCUGGACUGUCCACUCUUCAAAAAAAAAAUUCUCAUAGAUUCCAUGGAAACAGUGAUACAUUCAGCAGAUGCUUUUGCUCCAGUUGGCUUUCUGCGCUUUUUAAAAAUGCAUACAGAACAGAAAGUUAAUGACUCCUCUAGUUGGUGUUGCCAUCUCCAGCGUUGUCCUUGCCAGAAUUUCAUUGAAGAAAUGGAGCAUGCUGCUAAGUCUGAAGAUACCCAAGAUACAUUCACAUUAAAAUCUUACAGCAGCGAUGUGGUGAAUUAUUCUCAAGAGGAAUGUGAUACCAUUGUUCAAAGUUCAAAGAGAACAGCACUGGGAUAUCAGUGGAUCUGUGACAUUGCUGGGUCCUGUUCUGAAGAUCAAAACAUCCAUGACCAAACAAAGCAAGCAUUUUCAUUGUUACAAGGUGAAUUGAAAAAAAAUGGAAGCGUAUUUAAAGAUAUUGUCCUAGUGCAUUUGUACUUGAGGAGGAUGGCGGACUUUGCAGCAGUAAACUCAGUGUACCAGGCCUUCUUUGAGCACGAUCCUCCUGCCAGAGUAUGUCUUGAGACGCUCCUUCCUGGCAAACAGCUGAUUCAGAUGGACUGCCUGCUGCAUCACUCUGUUGGGCUGAUUCCUGAAGGUGCUUCAGAAUGCAAGCAUUGUUUGCAUGUUCAGAGUCUGUCCCACUGGGCACCCGCAAACAUUGGGCCCUACAGUCAGGCUGUCAAGGUGGAUGAUGCUGUGUUCUGUGCAGGACAGAUUGCCCUAAUUCCCUGCAGAAUGCAGCUGGUGGAAGGUGGACCAUCUCUUCAGGCAUCACUUGCACUUCAUCAUGUUCUGAAGGUCUUGGAAGCCAUAGACAGCAGGCUUGGUCUUUGUCAUGUGCUUCAGAUCCACUGUUAUGUCAAUCACAAGAGUUACCUCCCAGUUGUUAAACAUGUCUGGGACAAGAAGCUGGAAGUUUCACACACUGAGGUAAGAUGGCAAGCAGUGUGUCUGCUGUCAUACAGAUUAGCUGUUAUUAAAAGACAUGCAAUAACCAAUGUCUGUUGUAAGGAUCAUCCUAAUUUACGUAUGUGGUGUCUAAUAAGAACAUAAGAACAUAAGAACUAUACAAAUGAGAGGAGGCC